AUAUAAAAGUAGGUAGCUGAAUAAAAAAAAUGGAAAUAACUACCAAAUUGAAGAGAAUGCUACUAUCACAAGAUCUUAUUUCACAGGACAAAUGUAUCAGAUUUAUGAUCCAUGUAUUAAGAGACCCAAAAAAGUUUGAUUACAUCAGUACUAAAUUUUUAGACGAUGACCUAAUUCAAUUCUUAUGUGAACCAUUACUCUCCAUCAAAACUUCUCUAUUGCAAAAUAUAUGCUUAUGCAUAUGGAUGUUGUCAAAAAAUCAAAAGUUUUACGAACGAAAUGAUGUGUUGUAUACUUGCAACAGCUUAAUGCGGACACUUGUAUUUUUGUUAAAAACCAAAAAUCCCGUCGCGACCAAUUUAAUUCAGUUGUUGGCGAUAUUUUUGAAAAAAGGUGGUAAGAAAUUAAGAGAAGCCUGUAAUUUGUCGCAAGUGUUGACUGUAGUGAAAAUGAUUUUGGCAAAUUCGGCCAGCUUGCCGGAUCGUUGUACGAUCAAUUCUGUAUCCAUACUAACAACAAUACUGUCGUGUCCUUUAGUAGAGUUAAAUGGCAAACUCUACAGUACGACGAUUUCUGUGUCCAAGACCAUUUGCAAAAUUAUAGCAGAAAAAAAAAUCAUAGAACCGCACAUAGUCGGUAUAGCAUCUGACAUUUCAAGCAGUAUUCUAAGAUUCUAUUCGACGAUUAUGAAGAGAAUUCAAUUGAAUGCUAAUCUAACGCAACACCGUAAUGUUAUAGACCCAUUGAAGAGUGUUGCUUGGUACAUGAUUAAGAACGUGAGCUUGCCUUUCGUCCAGAAAAAUCUCAACUCAAACAUUUAUCGUAAAACAUAUUACAAAGGGUUGAAAUGUUUAAUCAGUCCUUUCGAUGUCACUUUGCCGCCGCACAUCCUUCACAACGUCGCCAAUCAAUACGCGACACAAGGAAUGAUAAAAGUGUCCUAUGAACUACUUGAAUCUAGUGAUCUAGGCGCUUUAGCUGAACAAUUGCUACUAAAUAUUAUAUAUCGUCUAGCAAUAGCCAACUUGGAAGUCGAACUGUACUGGCCAGGUGGCUUAGAAAUGUUCUACAAUCAAUUGGUUGAGGGAUUCAGACGAUUCCCAAAGACUCCUAAAGACGUUUGUGCGACGUAG